AUGUUAAAUCAGUUCCAAUACCUCACGCAUCAAUUUCCAUUCUUGCAAGCCCACUGCAUGCAAGACCCGGGCUACGCACGCAUUACUGGUACCGGUUUUGCAGUGCAGAAGUGGGAAUUUGGCGGGUUGCAUGCUGGUGCUGAUGCUGAUGCUUUGGCUUUGGAUAUGUUCUUCGAUCGAUCGGCAGUGGGUCAGCAAACGAGUAUCGCAUUUGUAUACAGACACAAACAAGGAUAUGGUGGAGCUGCCGACGCCGACUGCAACGGCGAAUUUUUACCUGAAGCCAGCUCGACACGUUUCUCGCACCGCUGUAGGAGAAGGAGGAGGAGGACAGGGAGACUGACCGGCAUUCUCGACGUCUCAGCCCCCGAGGCACAACGCUGCAGACUGGGACCGCGGGCGGAGGACGGAUUCGAAGAGCCGUGGAAACCGAACACGGAGAGACGAUUUGUGCGCGCGAGGGGAUUCGGCUUUUGGACGGCUUCCAGCCAUACUGUAGCUAACCAACGAGGCGAGGAACGCACGCACGCACUUCAUUCGCAGCUCGCCUUGGAGGAAGAUAGUUGCACGUCCUCCUGA